AUGUGCCGGGCGAGGAGGGUCAAAUUCCCUCGAAAAGGCGAACCCUUUCUUAGCGUUCGCCAAAGCACAGUCUCAGGAACGCGCGAUGUCACCACUGCGGCGCGGCAUUACCACUAUCGCUACUACCGGCUAGAAUGCCAGGUCGAGUGGCCACGAACAGCAGUGGCCAUCACCCGAAGCGGUACUGGAGAGCUGCAGCCGUUCUCGUCGGAUUGCAUCCGACCAUCCGACCUCGACACGGGUGUUUUACGCGAUGGUUCACGUUCCCACGCUUUCUCGUGCUUCAGCGGCUCAAACUGGCUGAUCGAGUCUCCACUCGAGAAGUUUGGAGAUGCCGAUUGCCACAAGAAAGUGAGAGCGUUGUCAAGCACCGAGAUGUGA